AUGGCAGAUGAAGCAGCAACAGCAGUAUCGGAUCAACAACAUCUCGACCAACUAGAACCAUCAUUUAUGUAUUCAGUAUUAUUCAAAGAAAUUGUAUUGGAAAUCAGUGAAGAUGAUACCAAGGCGUUAUUAGAAGUAUUUUUCUUUGAUUUCUUUCUAAGUAAAGGUACAUGGACAUCCAUAAUAAAUCCAAUGACAUAUUCUCAAUCAGCAGUAGAACGAUUACUCAGCGAAGGUGGUUAUGUCCUGAUAAGUGCAGGACGCAAUAAUAAGAUGCCAAGUGAUCACAAUUUGAGUGAUGCAACCAUUCAAGAACGAACUGUUAAUUUGACCAUUGAUUUAACUAAUUUAUAUGCUUAUUCAUCUAUGAUGGGUGUCUAUAAUGGCGAUAAUGAAACAAGUUUCUUCGUUAUUCUACACAAUGUUUCACCGGAUAUGGAACGUGCCAUAUUCAUUCAAUUGGGUCACAAGUAUAAUCAAGAGUCUAUCAUUUAUGUUAAAAGAGCUACUCCCACAAUACAGCAGUUCAUCUAUACAACAGGUGAAUUCAGUGGAAAAUAUGUCGAAGGACAAGGAUAUAAAGUACUUACUACUAAUGUAACCGACGAUUACAGUGAAUUAAAACUAUGCCCGGAUAGCAUAUUUAUAUUUACGUUGAAUUUUGAUUUUGAAAUUAUGAUUAUGGGAAAAAUUCGAAAAAAAACACGUCAAUUAAUUGAUCACCAUACCAAUUAUAUAUUGGCCAAUCAACAAAGACAAAAGUUUUGA